AUGAAAAUUCCGAUUUCAGGUAUAAGUGCUUUGAAUAAAAGCAUAUUGCAGAUUAAAGGACCAGAUGCUACAAAAUUUUUGAAUGGUUUGUCGACAUCGAGAUUUCUUCCAAAUAUAGUCAAGAAGAAGCAACACACUAUAAAUGAAGCUGAAAAUAGGCAUGCUAAAUUAUCAGAAAUAAUAAACAUUAAUGAUAACUGGGGGUUGAUGCAUGAGGAUAUAUAUGAUCCAGACAACAAUAUAUUUGUAAGAAGGGACGGAUUGAAUUCUAUGUUUUUAUCAUCAAAAGGAAGAGUAGUAACAGAUUGCUUCCUUUACUCUCAACCAUUUCAUAACUUAAAUGGGACUUUUGAUAGUCAGAUAGCCGAACCUAAUUAUUUAGUUGAAAUUGACUCAUCAUUUGCUUCUCAAUUACAAAUGCUAUUAAAGUUGCAUAAACUCAGUGCCAAAGUUAGCAUCAACCCACUUAAAUCGAUGCAUUCAUAUUAUUACUACAAUGAUACGGCCGAAUUUGACGAAUACUUAGAUUUUAUUCAGCAAGAAUUUUUGCAGUCCAUGGAUCCAGUAAAUGCAUUAAACGACGCUAAUUCAUUCAUUAAAAGUGAAAGUUUGUUCAAUUCGAAAUUCGCCGGAAAUAUCUUAGGCUUUUCAAUAGAUAAUAGAAUUCCAAACUUUGGGAUUAAAGUGUUAAUGGAUAAGGAGAUAGGUGAUAGUGACAAUCAAAUAUCCCCAGAAAACCUAUUCUCACCAUCUUUUAAAGACAAUUUUGUUGUACCCGAUAUACUUAAUCCAGAAACCAUAAGUAGAAGACGGUUUUUAAAUGGUUUAUUUGAAGCUCAAGAUAGCCCAAAAGGAAGUUCUUUAUUACCUUUUGAAAUGAAUCUUGAUUUUGUCAAUGGCUUAUCAUUGGAGAAAGGAUGUUAUGUUGGUCAGGAACUUACCAUUAGAACCUACAAUAACGGCAUUAUUCGUAAGAGAAUCGUACCAGCCCAAUUCUUUCAAAUAAACGAUGAUAAUUUAUCUGCAAUCGAUAAAAAUGAGCAUUUGACUUUAGAUCCAAGCGAUCCUGUUAUUAAGGAAUUGCAAGGUUUGCAUUCAUCCACUAUAUCAAAAUUAGAGAUAACUCCAUUAAUUGAAAAGAAAGCGCCAAACACGCCAGAACAGCCUGAACAACAAUCCUCGUCUCCUUUUGGUAGCUCUAAGCCAGUACGUAGAAGGGCAGCAUCGAGUGGAAAACUACUCUCUUUACAGGACAAUUUGGGUUUUGUCUUGGCAAAUUUAUCAGACAUUGAAAAUAUUAGCUUAUACAAGAUUGAAUUACCUUGUAUUGAAGGCGGUGUAAAGCAUGUGGGAUUAAAAGUAUAUAAACCAGAAUGGUGGCCAAUAGAUUAA